AAGAAAACCUCGCAGGUUUUAAUAUAAAGUCUCCUUUCCCACACCCAGAAAAAUGUAGUUUCUCAACUCAUUACAAAAUUAGCCAACCAUUAAUCGUCAAUUUUCACUUAAAUCAUAAUGGCAACGGAACAACCAAAACCAGCAACUGAAGACGUGAAAAUGGAUCUAUUUGAGGACGAUGACGAAUUCGAAGAGUUUGAAAUUGAUCAAGAGUGGGAGGCGAAAGAGGAAGGGAAAGAAGCUACCCAACAGUGGGAAGAUGAUUGGGAUGAUGAUGAUGUCAAUGAUGACUUUUCUCUACAACUGAAAAGGGAAUUGGAAAGCAACUCGGAGAAGAAAUAACCAAACCAGCAGCAUUAUUUCUCUUUCUCAAGAUUGGACCACAGAUUUAUGUUCGGGUUCUCAUAUAUUUCCCAUUAUGUAGUUCUCUUUGUUUCACCAAAUGCAAUGAACCGUAGUUUUUACCUUUAAGCUUUUGUAACGGAUAAAUUUGGAUGCUUUUAACUGGUCUGUAACUCAGUUCUCUAUGAACAUAGUUUUAACCGAAAAAAAUCUUGAGGUUGGUCUUAUGUUUA